CCUCCGUAAAUCAUGUUAUAGAUGUGGUGAAAGAAGGACCAGACAACUGUUAUUCAUAAGCUUGAGUGAGCUCCGACCUCUCAGCAGUGUCUCCCAUCGGUUGGUUAUGACGGCGGGGCCCACGAAAAAGCGGCCGGGGUCCGCCACAGCUGCUUCUCACUAGAAAAACGAAACCGAGUUUAUACCACAAUUAAGCCUCUGUGAUAAGACCUUGUAAGGUGCAAAGAGAGAGAAAAAGGGAACAGCCGGUCACAAAUCCAAUCUCAAAUGACCCGCCUGCCUCUCCCCGGGCCUCCAUGUCUAUCGACCUCAACUGGGAGACGCUGACAGCGGGGCCCGACGGGCAGGAGCUGGCGCACCGGAUCCGGGACUUCAUCCACACAAAGUUCCAGUCGGUGCCGCUGCCCCGCUUCAUCAAGUCGGUCACCGUGCACGACUUUGAGUUCGGCUCCAUCCCGCCCGAGGUCGAGCUCAAGGACAUCACCGAUCCUCUGCCGGAUUUCUACGAGGAGAACUCGGACCUGGAUGAUGAUGAUGAUGAUGAUGACGAGGACGAGUACGAGGAUGAGGAUGAUGAUGACAGCCUCCGCCAGGAAGAAGACAUCCCCCACGAGCUGAGAGCCGCAGCGGAGAGGAGGAGGAGACGGGCGGCGGGCGAGCCGCACCUCCGGCCGCCGCCGCACAUCCGCACCACCACCGGCGGCGGCGGCGGCGGCGGCGGCGCAGGGCCUCCCCCCCCGCCGCCGUUCGCGACGACAGACCUGGGGAGCCCGUUCCUGGGCGCGUCGACCCCGGGCUUCUUCCCCGGCGGCGCGUCGGCGCUGCACUACUUCCACUCGCAGUUCGCCACCGGCCGGUCAGGGUCGCAGACGCCCCUCGCCGCCGUGGCCGGCGCGCACCACCUCUCCGCCGCCGCCGCCGCCGCAGGUGGUGGUGGUGGUGGCCACAGCUCGUCGUCGCCGGAUCUGCGGAGGAGGUAUGCGGCGGAUGCGGAUGCGGAGGUGGACGUGGGCGGCGGCGGCAGGGGGUAUGGGCAUGGGAGGAACGUGUCGCAGAGCUCCAACUCGGUCACUGACUUUGGGACGAGCCCGCCGGGACCUUCCUGGGGGGGUAAUAGCAGCCAUGGCCCGGGGGCGGCCGCGGGGGGGAACGGGGGUUUCGGCCGGCCCGGGCUGAGGGAGAAGCACAGCGUGUCGACGCUAGCGCCCACCUCGGCCGGGGGCACUCGGCCGCCGACGCGGGACGCCGGGACUGGUGCGCUGGCUAUCGACGAGGACGAGGACGAGGGAGGGGGGUUUGGCAGCGGCGGCGGCGGGGGGAGGAGGAGAGUGGGGGUUGAAGGCGGGCGGGCGGCGGCGCGGGAGGCGCGGGAGGAGGGGGAGCGGUCGGGUCGGCGGUUCGCGGAGCCGCGGGUCGAGGACAUGCAGGCGGUGUUCCGGAUCCGGUACGCGGGCGACGUCAAGCUGCUGCUGACGGCGGACAUCCUGCUCGACUACCCCAUGCCCAGCUUCGUCGGGAUCCCCGUCAAGCUGAGCGUCACCGGCCUGACGUUUGACGGUGUCGGGGUUGUUGCGUACAUCAGGAAGAGGGUCCACUUCUGCUUCCUGAGCCCCGAGGACGCCAUGGUUGCCGUGGGGGCUGAGGACGGUAAUGGCGGGGGCGGGGGAGAGGGCGUCGGCGGGUUAGGGUCCGGUGGCGCCAAGGCUGCGAAGAUGGGUGGCUUGCUACACGAGGUGAGGGUGGAGAGCGAGAUCGGGCAACGCGAGGGCGGGAAGCAGAGCCUCAAGAACGUGGGCAAGGUUGAGCGCUUUGUGCUCGAGCAGGUCAGGAGGAUAUUCGAGGAGGAGUUCGUCUAUCCUAGUUUUUGGACCUUCCUGGUGUAG